GGUUAAUAUUAACUAAAUAUGACUGGCUUUGGACAAGGUGCCGGCCGAGGUCAAGGCCGUGGUGUAAUUCCACCAGGUCCCGAUCCGCAUCCCUCUGGUCGUCCUCUCACUCACGGACUCGAAAACUUUCUUGUCCGCCCCGAACAUAAUUUCCGCUCGGCAACUCCCAUGUUUGUUCCCGCUGGGGGUUGGCGCGGGGGUGAACCUCCAUGGCAUCAAGAUACUCAAGCUGCAUGGAGAACGGGACGGGAUCCCUUGACAGGGGGUGCUAGUCAUCAGUUUCAACUUAUGGAAGGGGAAUAUACAUCUCCUUUUGUUAAUGUACCAGAUCAAGAACAAGUCGUAGAAGCGACUGUUAAUCCAUGGGAUCUGAUUGGGGGAAUGGAUGCCAUGGCACCCGUGGUACAACAGCCGAUUCCUCCGGAGAGGGAAGUGCAUUGGCAAGGACCUCAACCCACGGCUAUUCCGUUGGGUCAACUUUUUGAGAGUGAAGCAAGAGAUUGGAGGAGUGGAAAUCCACCAACAAUGCAGGAGCAAAGAGGUCUUCCGAGGAUGAUGCCACAGAAUGCAGGCUUUGGAGGUCAGAUGGGAGCGCCUAGGGCUCCUGAGGCGUAUAAUCCCCAGGCAGGAUAUCAACAAAUUCCUCAGUCACAACCGCAAUACCAUCAACAACCAAAUCCACAACAGGCAAAUGAUCAAUAUGGUGGUAUAAAUGCCCCUAGAAUCCCAAAAGGUCCCACAUAUCAACAAUUAUAUCUCAGGUUACCAGCAGGAGGUACGGUAUGGGAACAACAAGGACUCCCACGACCACCAGGCCCACUUACCUGGAAAGAUACACGAGCCUACUCCCCUGGACCAGACGGAGACUUUGAUCCCUUCAUAGUGGAACAACUGGAAACUGGUACUUAUUCCCCAUGGUUAACUGAUAUCGUCGCCAAUAUCGAAGCGAUUGAUGAACGACCCCAACGGCAAGGAGAAUCCGUGACUGCAUGGCGAGCUCGUGUGGUCACUUCUCGAAAAGCAAUUGAAAUAGAACAUUCGGAAUUAAGAAGACGUCCGUAUACAUUUCCCACGACGGCAAAACAAGCGGGUGAUACUCCUGCACAAUUUAAAGCUCGAUUGGCUGCUCGUCGAAAAAUUAAGACGCAAUGGGAGAAAGAUAAGGAAGUUCAUAAAAACAAAAUGGAUCACACACAUAAAAAUUUCGAUCCAGAAUAUGCAAUAAAAUACCGAGCUGAAAAAGCUUGUCGUCAAUUAGAAAAUGCGAAGAGGAGGAAGACAGCUCUAUUGAUCGCGAGACGUAUUGCCGAGAGAGAUAAUCAACCAAGACCUUUAACACCGGAAUUACCCGAAGAUAGUAGUGAUGAGGAUCUUCCGGCCAUGCCUUCUAGAGAUAGAAGCGGUCUGGCUGUAGCUCCCGGUCCGAAAACCAAACGCUGUUUACGUUGUCAACAUAUGAGGCAAUUAUGUUCUUUGGUGACAGGUUCCCCACAGCCUUGUGAACGCUGUAGAGACAGUGGAGCAGUGUGUCAAUCACCUCGCGAUAAACCUAAGCCCAAACCCGGAGGUGCAGAUCAACCAUCAGAGUUUCCUCGAAUCGCUAAACGUUGUUUAUUUUGUACACAUAUGAGAAAACCAUGUACGUUAGUUACAGGAUCGCCUCGACCUUGUGAUCGCUGUAUACAACGUGGGAUAGUAUGCGAAAUAACUCGCGAUUUGGAAGGACCCAAUGCGGCCAAACCAGCAUGGAAAUUAAACCCCCGUAAAGUCGGUCGCAAAAGAAUUGGUGAUCGAGAUGAAUUUACAGAUACAGAGGGAGAAGAUAAUGCAGCAGGAGAAGAAGAUGAAGAUGAAGAACCAAUUAGCCCUCAACAAAGAGCGAGUCUUUCGCGAAAGAAAAGAGCUGCAUUUAAUCAAAAAUCAGGACGUCCUCCUCCACGUCGUCGACGUAGAAGUGCCAGUCCCGAAGUGGAAAAAGCUCCUAGUAUACAAUGUGGACCUUGCAAUGAUCAAUCUCGACCUUGUGAUGGAGAACGACCUUGCGGAACAUGUAAACUGAAUGGACAAGUCGAUAUGUGUGCUCCGACGGCCUACUUUUCGAAAUAUAGACAACGGGAUUAUCAAGGGAUAGAAGGUACUCUCCAACGUGCUGAUGAUGAAAUGGAUUUAGAUCUUUCAGUGCCAGAGAGAGGAUAUAACGAUGUGAAUAUUGAAUGGGAUAAAUUAGCUUCGGAUUUCGAAGGGGCAGAUAAAGCGAUUAAAGAUAUGGAUUUAGGACCUAUGAUGAAUUACAGUUCACAAGUCAUCAUGGAUUCAUUCGAGGCCGGACAUCAAAACACCUUUUUCUCGGAAACGGCAGAGAAUGAGCAUCCAGCUAUGCAACCAUUUAAACCCGAUCCCAACGGUCCAUCAUAUAAUCGUGUCGCUACAGUUGAAGAACCAGAUGCAUCAUAUAAUAGUCUUGCGCCAGGAGGACCAGAAUUCCUAUCCGAACCAUUUGGGGAUGUGGCACAUUAUACUUCCAUGGCUUUUGAUGGAGAAGGAUUUGAUUUCAGUACGCCUACAAUUUCACGUCAAAAUAGCGUUUCAAGCCCUGAAAAAGGAAAGACUGAUGUAGACGAUGUUCUGAAUUCGGUCGAAGCAGAUCGAUCGGGACUCGAAGUAGCGGUUCAAGAAAAAGCAGAUCCCGACCCAAGACUUCACAUUCAACCUCUCGCUAAUUAUCGACAAGAAUGGAAACAAGACCUGAAAGGAAUUCUGAAAAAUAAACACUGCGAUGAACUGAUCGGAGUCGAUAUUUGUUUCAAAUCUCCUGCAAAACAUUGCGAUUAUCUUCAACACGGCAUUGAAGGAGGUGAUUGGCAUACUUGUGUAGCUUGUCACAAAGACCAAAACGUUCGAGUGGCAGAUUCACAAUCCACACUGAUCGAAUACACCAAACUGUAUUACUGUAAAGAAUGUGCGGCAGAUCAAAGACCACAAACAAGUGCCGGAAAAGCAGAUGCGGCUUUCAAGAAACAAUACUGUACAUGUACAUCUCAAAUGAGAAAGUCAUGGCUGUGUAAUACUCAUCGGGAUGAAGUUAUUCAGGAUGUAACGGAGAGAGCGCUAGCGGUGAAGAAUUGGAUGGCGAGAAAAGGUACGUUGAGAUGUAAUGGGUGUGAUACGAGACAUUUUGGUUAUAGGACGGGCAUGUGGGCUUGUGCUUCUUGUAAAGAUGUUGUAUAUGCCUAGAUAUAUAUGUUUGGUUCAAAGAAACAAUGUAUAAAUAAUUUUCAUGUUAUUUGAUGGGGGCCA